AAAAGAGGCUGCAUUCGUACUUUCUACUUCUCAGAGGAAGCAAAAACAAUCUUUAUUCGAUUUUAUUGUCUUUAUUUUAUAAUAUAAAUUAAGAAUUUGUGUAUUAUUAUAUUGAUCUAGCUUUAAAACUUUUGCUACCACCUACUGUUAACUAGCUUUUCGUACGGGGAAGGGACGUUUGUGUUAAAGAUGGAAGAAGAAGAGAUCAAGAAAGUAAAGUCUCUGCUGCGGAGUGUUUUAAUUGGUGUAAAGGAAGGGGUUUUGGCUACAAGACUUCAAAAGGAGUACAAAGAAAUAGUUGGAGAAAACAUACCAUAUCUGAAGAUGGGGUUCCCAUCAUUUGAGAAGUUCAUUCUGUCAAUGCCAGAUGUUGCCAGAAUUGACAGACGUGGUGGAGAUAUUAUGAUAAAAGCCGUGGCAGAUAAGUCCACUUCACACAUCCAGGCCCUCGUUAGUAAACAGAGGAGCAAAAGAGUUAAUAAACCAGUGCGGAGGCCAAGAGGUGGGGGCGGGUCACGAUUUCUACCCCCACGGGGCUCAAGUCAGUACAGACCACCUAGAACACCUAUUCAUCACAUGCCACGAACAACUUUACCAAGCUUUGUUUCACCACCAUUUCAGCAGUCUCUGACUCCGGUAACAAUAUCUGUGGGUAGUGGUAACAGAACUAUCAGAGUGGGUGCUAACCCCAUGUUCAAUAAAGCAAUGUCAGAGGCCAACAAUGAUAGAAUCAUCAAUAGACCAGGACAGCAGGCAUCAAGAUUUGAGGUUCCACCACGGUUCCGGAAAAGGAUCGGAGGAGCCUCUCCACCCCAACAACAACAACAACAGCAUCAAUCUACUCCCAUACGACGCCCACAACAGUCGAAGCUUCCACCUGCAGCUAUGUUGGAAGGUGGAGACUAUAUGAAGGUACUUAUGAACUAUUUCCAAGAAAUGAAUGAAACAUUGGAGUUUUACACAACGCCUGCCGCAGGGGGCUAUGUGAGUCUGGUAAAGAUCAACAAAGAAACAUACGGGAGUGAAGAUAUUUAUAGGUCGGCUGCAGAGGCAGAAGCUGCGGCUGCAAAGAAUGCUGUAUUACAUCUGAAUCUUCAUCAAAAACAACAAGACACUUCUCUACAACCAAUAGACUGGAAUGAAUCAGGCAGUUAUAACCCAGUGUUAAACUGGGCAGAUGAGAUGACCAAGGAGGAGACUGUAGGGACCUCGUUAUCAAGAGAACAGCUUGCUAAAGUUAAAUCAAGAGUGAAAGAGAUGCUAGAGAAGAAGAAGAAUGGAUUAUGGGGAACUCGUAUACCACAUGAAUAUAAGGAAAAGUACAACGAGGACCCGCCGGCAGAACUAAUGAAGCUUGUAAAAUCAUGGAGGGAUAUUGCCAAAGUUGAGGCUGUACCAAAUACAGAUAGAGAAUUAGUAUAUCCAGUUAUUGAAGAUCCAAAUAUGGUGAAUGGAAGUGAAAAUCAAGAAAAACAGAACACUCCAGAUAACUCUGCUGUAAAAGCUGAAAAUAAAUCAGCUCUAGAAUCACCAUGUAAAUCAGAAGUGAAAGAUUUGUAUGGUCUGUAUGUUGAAACAAAAGAUAAACAGAAUUCUGUUUUAAAGAAUUUAGAGAUACCAAAGGACCUACAGAUCUCGAGUAAUGAUCCUGUCACAGUCUAUAUGACAUUUAUAUACAACCCUGGUUAUUUCUGUGUACAAAGAGAAGACAGUAUUAUAGAUACAAUUGCUGAACAGCUACAGACCCAUUGUCAGUCAACAAGCAGUCCACCGAGUAAAGAUUUGGAGAAGGGGAGAUAUUGUGCGGCGUUAUUUAGUGGAGAUGGUGCGUGGACGAGAGCUCAGAUUCUUCAACAUAGACCAGAUGGUACAGUGGAACUGCUGUUUGUAGAUUACGGUAAUGUUGAAUCAGUUAAGGAGGACGAUAUACGCUGGUUGUCUCCGGAACUGGCUAAAUAUCCGUGCCAGGCCAUCAGCUGUAGUCUGUAUGGUAUACAGCCAUUACAGGGUGAGUCAGAAUGGGGAGAAACUGCUUCCACAUUGUUUGCUGAUGAAGUACAAGAACAAGCACUGAUUGCCAUUCCACAAAGUGCUUGUGAUGAUAUGUUAGAAGUUGUGAUAUAUUUAAAAAGUGACGAGAAACUUAGCAUAAACGAGAAGCUCAUACAAGCUGGUGUUGUCAUGGCAACAAAAGCCGAUGAAGACUCACUACAUCCUGUUGAUCUUAAGCUACCGGAAGACAAAGAGUGGGAUGUACAUGUUACGUACAUAAGCUCAUCUACGGAGUCCGUGAUGCUCAGACUGGUUGGUGAAAACUACAGUGAUAAGCUGGACAGUUACCAGUCUAAGUUACAAGAAGCUUUCAGGAACAGUUCUCCAGAAACUCCUAUCACCGAGGGUCAUACCUAUAUUGCAUACGACGACGGCUUGUAUCACAGGGUGCGAGUUAUGUCAGUACAGGAUGGAAAAAAGAUUCAGUGUUAUUUCUUGGAUCAUGGUGAUACAGAUGAGCUGAUUCCAGAGCAACUGCAUCCAAUAGACCCCCAGAUAAACAAAAUGCUCCCAUAUCAGGCAGUUGAAGUGUGCUUAUACGGUCUAGAAGAAGUGUCUACUAACAUUACUGCACUGGAGAAAAUCUGUGACAUUGCCCUUGGUAAAACUUGUGUUGCCGAGGUUGUUGACAGGGAAGGUCGACCGAGCGUGAUUCUAUACGACACAUCCGAAGACAAUGAUAUUAACAUUAAUGACACUAUCCUACGUACAAUAGAAGCUGAAGGAGGUGGUAUCGGUACACCGAGAACCGAAUCACCGAGUCCGGCAAAUUCUGCUUCAUCCACACCCCAGCGAGUUCUCUCUCCGUUACCCAGACCUGUCGAUACCACAGAAGAUUCUAUUCCAGUUAAAAAACUUGAUACAAAUUCCAAUCCGGUCAUUCAAACUAAUCAAACAAAUGGUUUUACAUCAAGUGUUUCUAGUCAGCAAGUUUCUCCGAAUGUGUCACAAAGUUCGGAACUAUCUCAGAAUUCAGACGCUAGUGUAAAUUCUGACAUUUCGAUGAAAUCAAAAUCAAGUGAGUUUCUCGAUAAUAGUCAAAAUGUGAGUCGACCAAUUUUGGGUCGAAGUCCGGGGGGCCAGAAAAAUUCCAACGACAAUGAGUCUGUUCCGAGACCAUUCCAGAUUCCAGAAGUGGGUGAAUAUCUAGAUGUACAUGUGGCCUUCGUACAUGAUCCAUCCAACUUUGUUUGCAUUCCGUACAAUGAGAUGGCGAAACUCAACACAUUACUACUGGACAUGAGGGCUUAUUAUUCAGUGCAGACAGCAACUAUGACUGAGUCAGAAAUAGAAAUAGGAAAAGUGUAUUCCGGACAUAAAGAUGGCAUCUGGUAUAGAGCUAAAGUGUGCAGUAUAGUCGGAACAGAUUUAGUGUCAGUGUAUUUAGCAGAUUUAGGGGAGUACACUGUAAUGAUGAUUUCAGAACUUCAACCUCUCGUCCCACAAUUCUGCAAACUUCCACUUAUGGCCUUCAACGCAACACUUGGCAGCAUAAUGCCAGAAUCCGGGGAUUGGUUUGAAGCGGCAAAAUACAAGUUUAUCGAACUUGCCCGCGAGAGGGACUUAAUUGCUCUGAUUCAAGGAAAAGAUGAAAGUACGGGUGCCGUUGUUGAUUGUAGACUUAUCGACACUUCAAAUGAGAAUGAAGACAUCUGUAUCGAUGAAGUGCUUGUAACAUUACAGUAUGCAAAACUAAAAUAAAAACAAAGGUACAUCAGUCAUUCUAAAUGGACACACAGACACACACAAAUAAAAAAUACUUUGUUGGUGCUGUGUCACUAAUAAAAUGUGAUGGUAAAAUUUUGAGCAAUGAAAUUUUAUGAUCAUGUGAUAAUACUGUGUAGAAGUGAACUUUGGAAGACAGUUGAAUAUAGUACAUGGAAAUACGUCCAGGUUGCAAGACGUGCUCUCCUUAUUUCUUGUUAUUUUUGAAAAUGUUUAAUGUAAAAAUUGGUUUAUUUCGAAAUCUUUAU